GGGUCGGAGAAAUCGCGGAUAAAGAUUCUCGCGGCAGCGUGAAGCGAGGCAAGGCUCGCAGCCGCCCCUCCGCUUAGCGAAGCAGCAGGAAUGGCCUCCCUCACUGCCGUGGCAGCCGUGCAACCGGCGACCGUGAAGGGCCUCGCUGGGAGCUCCUUCGGCGGCAAGCGGCUCGCCGUCAAGCGCUCCUGCCUCGCCCCCUCUCGCGCCAACCUCAGGUCCGGCGCGGUGGUAGCCAAGUACGGCGAGAACAGCGUGUACUUUGACCUCGAUGACAUUGGCAACACCACCGGGCAGUGGGACGUCUACGGAACCGAUGCCUCCUCGCCUUACAACUCUCUUCAGAGCAAGUUCUUCGAGACGUUUGCAGCUCCUUUCACCAAGAGAGGUCUGUUGCUAAAGUUCUUGCUUCUCGGUGGUGCCUUCACGAUAGCGUACCUGGGUUCCACUGCCUCGGGCGACCUGCUUCCCAUCAAGAAAGGCCCUCAGCUACCACCAACAAUAGGCCCUCGUGACAAGAUAUAAGUGGUCGCUGUUAAUAAAUCAAGUUUAGUUAUUUUCUCGUUUCUAUUGCUUAUACCUACUUAAUUAUCUCUGUAAUCUAUUGGCAUGUGUGAUUAUACAAGUAUGAUGCAUAGAAUUGAAGUUGAUCUUAAACAUGACUUCUUUUUUUGUUCA